AUGUUAGCUUCUGAAUGGAGCAGUGCUUUGCAAGACUCGGAAUUUUCAGGAGUCGAUAUUGAAUUUCCCAGUUUCCCCCAGCCUGUUUUGACUUUGCAGAGUAUCCUAGUUGCCACUGCUAUGGAAGAGCCGAAGGAUACGAAAAACAUCAUCAAGUCCAUUGUGACGCCUGGUUUUCCACACUCCGAGCUGCUUUUCACUUUACAAGGCGUGUUUGAGAAUCAAGGAUUCGAGUCAUCUUCUCCACUCAUCGCAGAUGUCCAAGAGUAUCAGUACUUCGAUUUGAGAUCCCUCCUUUCCACCUGCAAAACCCUUGUCUGGGUGACUGGAGAUCCUGCCAAGGAGCCGCGAAUGAACGCAAUCGAUGGUCGUCUACGGACUGUAAGACUGGAGCGAGAGGCUGAUAAUGUGAACCUCGUCAGCCUCGCUCUUGCCGAUGAAAUGCGCUCCGAAAAAAAUCUAGCAGAUUCUAUCUCAGGCCAGUUGCGGUUAUUGAAGGCAGAUGGCUAUGAUAGGUUCUUGUGCGUUCGCAUCAGUAGCCCCGAUCCUGUUUUGAUACCGUUCGGGAAAACAGGUCGACCAGUGAAACUUUCCAUCUCAGAUCCUGGUCUCUUGCAGACUUUGGAAUGGGUCACAGAUGAUUUACAUACUGAGCCACUAACGGAAACAUUCAUCAAGGUCGAACUCAAAUCAAUCGGCCUGAACUUCUGUGAUGUUAUGAUUGCAAUGGGGGAAUAUGCUGCAUGCGAUUUUGGUGGUGAAGCUGCGGGCGUUGUGAGCCAAGUAGGUGGCAAAGUGAGCAGAUUUAAGCCCGGUGACCGAGUUGUUUUAUCUUGA